UACCCAGUCAGACAAAAAUUUCGAAAAACGCGUUUAAACGCACAAUCGGGAACCGCGACUGUGAUCCAUUCACGCUCAUUAAAAAAACGCACGAAAACGUGUUUAUUGGCGUUUUUUGUAACUUUCUGGGCGUCAAAACGGCGGAAAUUCCAGUUUUUGAGCGUUAAAACGUAGUAUUAUUUUAGAACUUAAAAACAAUACGUUUUAACGCUCAAAAACUAGAAUUUUCGUCGUUUUGAUGCCCAAAACAUUACAAAAAACGCCAAUAAACGCGUUUUCGUGUGUUUUUUUAAUGGGCGUGAAUGGAUCACAGUCGCGGUUCCCGAUUGUGCGUUAAAACACGUUUUUCGAAAUUUUUGUCUGACUGGGUGACUGGGAUUUGUUUCUUUUUAGAUUUCUUAAGUGAUUAACAGAUUCGUGAUCAGUGUUACAACUUAGCUGAAAUGCUUUUAAAUCUUCUUUAAUUAUAUCUGAAUCCUGUUUCGAUGUAUCGGAUUGUUCUUGUGAUAAUUUUUUUUAAUUUCAUUAUUCACUUGUUAACGUAAAUUUUGACAUCCUUUAUCAAUUAACUCUUUAUUUAAAAAAACCAAGACAAAAAUUCAAAUUUAUGAGUAGGAAAAAUACUCACAAAUGGCUUUAUCUGGUAAGAAGCCACUUGUUCUAUAACGUUGAGAUACUUGAACAGCAGUAAGUAUAGUUGAAUCAAGAAUUCAAACUAAAUAAAGGAGUAUGAAAACAAGAAAAACAAACUCAUCAUACCAUUAAAAUAUGAUUCAAGAUAAUUUUUAAAAUCAUGUAAAAUUGAAACACAUUCAUUACAUGUUCGUUCUGUAACUAAUAUCCAUUGAAAGCAACUCAUAAGUUCUGAAUUUCACAGGUUGACGAUUAUAUGUCGUAAUGGUCUUGGACUACAAUGGGAUCAUCCAAAAGGUACUGAUUUUGGUACUGGUAUUUAUAUUGUACGUAGUGUUCUUGAUGCAUUAUAUGUUGAUCAAAGAAGUACUUUAGCAAAUUCAUCUAAUUCAAAACAAGAUGAAGAUCAAAAUCGACCAACUUGUAUUGUAUUUCGAUGUCCAAAAGAAGAGUUUGAUACUUAA